GGAAAGGAGAGAUAGGGAAAAGGUGGGGCCGGGCCCGCAGGUGGAGGUGAACCUCGGGAGUCCCUCCGGCCGGAGCUCCUCUCCUGCUUUGUCGUCCCAUCCCAGGCUUCCGCAGCAGGGCGGGCGGUGACCGCGCGGUCACCCGUGACCGUGCCCCUUGAUCUCGGCCGCCCGUGGCUAGGGGCGCGCACGGUGACUGGGCAGGUGACGGUGGCGUGGCGCGUGACGCCACGGCCGGGAGCCGGACCUCUCCCCGCUCCCCCCAGUUAGAGCCGCGCGGUCUCGCCUCGUUCUUCCUCCGCGGGCCCCCGAGGCCAGGUAGGCGAGCAGGUGGCCAGCCGUCCCCUCCCUGGGCCCCAGGAGCUGGAAGCGAGGGACGGAGCCGGGACCACUGCCCCGCGCCACCCCGUCCGGCGGAGGACCAGCUCGGGGCAGGAAGGAGGCUUCCGGACGGGCCCUCUCAAGCGUGGCUCUUUAGUUUUACCAGGAGAGAAGGCGGUUUUCAGCCAAGGAUUCCCUGCCCCCUCUCCUGUUGGGCUGGCUGAGCUGACCAAGUCUUGCUGAGGCAGGAUGUUCCUGGUGGGCCUGUCAGGGGGCAUUGCCUCAGGAAAGAGCUCAGUAGUUCAGGUGUUCAGGGAUCUGGGCUGUGCUGUGAUCGAUGCAGAUGCCAUUGCCCACCAGGUGGUAAAACCAGGCUACCCUGCCUACCAUCGUAUUGUGCAAGCCUUUGGACGUGAGAUCCUGCUAGAGAAUGGUGAGAUCAACCGCCAGGCUUUGGGAAGCAUCAUCUUCCGCCAUUCUGAGAAGCGGAAACUGCUGAAUGCCAUCACCCAUCCAGACAUUCGUAAGGAGAUGCUGAAGCAGAUCCUGAAGUACUUGGUUCAGGGGUACCGAUAUGUGAUCUUGGACAUUCCCUUGCUGUUUGAAACUAAAACAAUGUUACGCUUCAUGAAGCACACAGUGGUGGUAUAUUGUGACCCCCAGACCCAGCUGUCACGGCUGAUGCAGCGGAAUGGGCUGAGUCGAGAGGAGGCUGAGGAACGGAUUGCAGCCCAACUGCCUCUGGAAGAGAAGCGCCAACUGGCUCAGCACAUCCUGGACAACUCAGGGGAGUGGGAGGCCACUCGCCGUCAGACCCUCCACCUGCAUUCCCAGCUAGAGGAUUCUCUGGACUUUUUACCAUUGAGGCUUGGCCUGUUUGCUGGUUUUGUUGGCAUCAUAUACCUGUUGUCUCAGCACCUCCUGCUUUAAUAAGGCCCCCAGCCCCUUAAACACCCACUUCCAGGGCUGACAGCCUGGCCUAAUGAUGCUGAGGCCAAGCAACAGGGUCUUGGACGCUGCUGAGGAGAAGGCAAUGUUCUAUCCUGUCCCUCCCUCCCACAGACUCUGAGCUCUUUCCUUCCUCUUGUGUUGGGCAAGCCUGCUGGGCUGAGAGAUUGGGGGAAAGGUUGGCACUAUUGUCAUAAAAGAAACAGCCUUUGGAGGGGACACUGACUACUCCUGAGUUAGGAACCAAUUUACUGAUGUCUCUUUUUCCUUAUUCUGUCCCAGUGGCAUCUUUGUGUGCAUCUUUAAAGAAAGUUUCCUUUCUCCCCUUCCCUCUCUUCAUCUGCAUUGAAGUGGCUCCUGUGGAGCUUUGGGUAAUUGUAGCUCCCUAGUACAACAUGUUGUUCCUUGCUAGUUCAAUAAAUGUCCAUGAAUGAGCACUCUUCA